AGUCUCGAUCAGUAGUAGGAGCUUAACAUGGGUAGCUAAGUAGUAUCUGGUUAAUAUAAAUAAAAAGCCUUGCAUGUCGCUGUAAAACUUGGAUGAUUGAGAGUACCGAGAGGUAGUAGGAAACCAUUUAUUACACUAAGGAGUUGCGUCUCAUUCAUAAUAUUGCGCUGUUUGGUUGGUCUUUCGUGUGGCUAUGUAACACUAGCGUGUUAGCUAGCUAACGUUAAACGUCAGUUACAACUCUGCUAGCGCAAGUUGCAUCGAAAUCUGUUAGCUUGUUUGACAGCCACAGGAGCUAAAGUCAACUAGGGUUUAUAUCAAGACAACACGGUUCCGUUUUGUUGAGCGUCGGAGAGUUUAUUUAAGCUGAAUAUUAUAGUGUGACCCAACUGUAAAUGUUUGGCGAUAGAAGUAGCAGCAGCUACAGCUAGCAGAGCGUUAGCUUGUCGACAUCAACAACAAUGGGCUAUAAAAGGUAUUUUAAGACGGCAAGAACCUUGUAUUUGUUCACCAUUCUGCUGAUAGUCUUCGUCAAAGGAAUAACAGCUGAUGAAGAGCAACAGGGGAACGACGGGCCAGAACUAAAGUCUUACCAUGACCCAGACGGUGAAGAGGAAGACGUCCGCCUGGCAGGGGAGGUUGUGGCCGGUGCCUCUGUGACCUCUCGUCAUGAAAUCUCGCAGCCAGAAGAGGAGAAACCGUCACCUGAGGAAGGACUUGAGGGAGAGGAGAAGGAGGACCUGCCUGAGCAGCCUCCUCCUGUUGAGGAGAAACCCAAAGAGAUUCCUGUGGUGAAUGGUGGUACAUCCCAUGGAGAGCCCUGCAUCUUCCCCUUCCGCUUCAUGGACAAGGAGUACUCGGACUGUACCACUGACGGACGGGGGGAUGGGCGGCUGUGGUGCGCCACCAAGUACCACUAUGACUAUGAGAAGAAGUGGGGAUUCUGUGAGACGGAGGAGGAGGCGCAGCAGCGACUGCAGGUGGAGGAGACGGAUGAGCAGUACCUGACGGUGCUGCGCAUGCUCAACGCCACCACCAGGAGGACCCAGAAGAAAGAAUUGUACGAGAAGCUGCUGAAGAUAGCGGAUAAAGGCCACCAGAAAGCCAUGGAGAAGGUGGGGUACGCCAUGUUGUUUGGAGACUACCUGAGCCAAAACGUCACCAUGGCCAGAGAAAUGUUUGAGAAGCUCGCCAUAGAAGGCUCGCCUAAAGCCCAGACGGCUCUUGGCUUUCUGUACGCAGCAGGACUUGGAGUUAAUUCCAGUCAGGCUAAGGCCCUGGUUUACUACACUUUCGGCGCUCUGGGUGGAAACUUGGUAGCCCAUAUGAUCCUGGGAUACAGAUACUGGGGAGGUGUAGGUGUUCCUCAGAGCUGUGAGUCAGCACUGACACACUACAGGCUGGUGGCAAAUCAAGUGGCCAGUGACGUGUCUCUGACGGGGGGCUCGGCGGUGCAGAGGAUCCGGCUGCUGGAUGAGGUGGAGAACCCGGGGUCCACCAGCGGGAUGUUGGAGGAGGACCUGAUCCAGUACUAUCAGUUUCUAGCUGAGAAAGGAGACGUGCAGGCUCAGGUGGGGUUAGGUCAGCUACACCUGCAUGGAGGACGCGGAGUAGAACAGAAUCAUCAGAGGGCGUACGACUACUUCACACAGGCUGCAAAUGCAGGGAAUACACACGCUAUGGCUUUCCUCGGCAAGAUGUACUCUGAAGGCAGCGAGUAUCUCCAUCAGAACAACGAGACAGCCCUGCAGUACUUUAAGAAGGCCUCUGACCUGGGUAAUCCAGUGGGACAGAGUGGCUUAGGCAUGGCCUACCUAUAUGGAAGAGGUGUACCGGUGAACUAUGAGCUGGCCCUGAAGUACUUCCAGAAGGCAGCAGAGCAGGGCUGGGUGGACGGACAGCUGCAGCUGGGCACCAUGUAUUACAAUGGCAUUGGUGUGAAGCGUGACUACAAGCAGGCGCUUAAAUUCUUCAACCUGGCCUCCCAGGCGGGUCACAUCCUGGCCUUCUACAACCUGGCCCAGAUGCACGCCACCGGUACCGGAGUGAUGCGCUCCUGCCACACAGCUGUGGAGCUCUUCAAGAACGUGUGUGAGCGCGGCCGCUGGUCAGAGCGUCUCAUGUCGGCCUACGGCAGCUUUAAGGAGGGAGAGCCGGACGCCGCGCUGGUGCAGUACCUGCUGCUGGCUGAGCAGGGCUACGAGGUCGCCCAGAGCAACGUGGCCUUCAUCCUGGACCAGAAAGGUGUGAGGAUCUUCACUGAGAAUGAGACCUACCCUCGUGCUUUGCUCCACUGGACCCGAGCUGCGGCACAAGGUUACACUGUGGCGAGGAUAAAACUAGGAGACUACCAUUUCUACGGCUACGGGACGGACGUGGACUAUGAGACGGCGGUCAUCCACUACAGGCUGGCCUCCGAGCAGCAGCACAGCGCCCAGGCCAUGUUUAACCUGGGGUACAUGCAUGAGAAGGGGCUGGGCAUCAAACAGGACAUCCAUUUAGCCAAGCGUUUCUACGACAUGGCGGCUGAAGCCAGUCCUGAUGCUCAGGUCCCGGUGUUCAUGGCUCUGUGCAAGCUGGGCCUGGUUUACACUCUGCAGUACCUGCAGGAUCUCAAUGUGAGUGAUCUUAAUUUAAAGGAGCUGAUCACUGAGGUGGACCUGGACCAGCUGCUGGGCCCCGAGUGGGACCUCUACCUCAUGACGGUCAUCGCCCUGCUGUUGGGCACGGUCAUCGCCUACAGGCAGCGCCAGCACCAAAUCAUAGUUCCCCCUCGUCCCCCUGCCCCCGCCCCUGCGCCCCCGCCUCCUCCCAGACCCCCUCAAGAGCCAUCGCAACCCCAGGCCGAGCCCCAGGACCAGGGGGACGCCCAGGGGGACGCCCAGGGCCCGGCCCAGGAGGAGCAGGAGGAGCAGCAGUGAGAGGAGGCCAGCCGGAGCGAGGGCAGUGAGAGACUCUCCGUGGAGCAGAUGGCGCUCACUAGCUGAAUACCUGCUAGCCUCAGCGCCUCUCUUCGCUCCACAGCUGACAGAUAGUGACUGCUGAGCUCUGCAGUCCCACAUCUCCCUCUCUCCUUUUAAAAUGAGCUGGUCCUGUGCUGAAGAGAGACAGCGGGGGUGUUUCUGGACAGAACAGAGUGCUGGGGGAGGAUAACACAGACUUGGGACUUGCUAGUCUGUGACUCAGGACACUGCCAGAAGAAGCACCUGUGCUCUCACCAUGACAAACAGCUCUUUGGUUGCCAGAUCAAAGGACGUUUGGACUAAUCAAAAUAGUUGGAAUCUAAAAUGUGCGUUAGUUUCUUCGCACUUUCCCAUUUUUUUUGUUUUUUUUGUUGGAGGAAAUCACACUCAGCGGAACUGCCUCAAUCCUAAUUUAGAAAAAAAAUAUCAGGCAGGAAAAUGUCAAUUCAGAUCAUUUUUAUUUGCUAGUUGGUAAAGAACGUUUUUGCAUGUGUCGUCUGAACAUUUUCAUUUUAGCCACUCUUUAUCAGAGUGAACCAAUUUGCAUCGCAAUAAUGGGUUAUUUGUUUAGUUGAUAUGUCGGGUCAUUACCUUUUUACACCUGCAAUAAGAAGAAAGGAAAAUGUAUUUAACAUAAUGUGCUCAAAUGUUUUAAAGCCAUGUGAUUAUCAUUAGAAUGAGAGCGAGUAACCUCUAAAGCAGUGUACUUUAAUGGAUAGGAUAUCUGUGCAGGAUAGAUGAUUUAAUACUGAGCACACGGGUUGAAGUGUGUUACAAAAUGGCAGAUACAAAGAAGGAGAAGCUGCUUAAUCCUCAUCCUAGAUGCAGAUCAAAAUGAAUGAGUCUUUUUGGGGAGUGAAAUCAUAGAACAUAGGCUUUUUAAAUAUUUAAAAGAAUAAAAAAACAAAUGAAAUAUGAUCUACACAGUGAAAUGAAAUGAAUUACUAUUUUAUUUAAUCAACAGGCUUUAUUUUCAUUCUAGUAGUCGUCAUAUCAAUGAUUUCUCUCAACCCGUUUCCGCCUUCUUUUUAGUUUAUUAAGAAUUAACUAGCAGAAAUUGGAGCAGCCUUAAAGAAAGCAGCGCCUCAAACUCUGAAUUGUUUGUGGAUACUUUUUUUUCUGUGUGUUUGGUUACAUAACUUGUGAGAAUAUUCCACCCCCUCACCAAAAGUCCAAGUUGGAUUUCUGCCUACACUUUUCAGCUCAGAUGGACUCUGAGAGAUGAAGCCAUGGUUUAGGCCGUACAGUAUUUAUCCAAACAACAUGAGGGACUUCUAAUUUUGCCACAUGCAGUUUUCUUUCAGUUUAGUUUAGUCCAUGUGUUCAGCUCCACAGUACGUGCUUGUUGUUGGUUAUUGAGAGGUGAUCCGCCCAUAUGUCUGCAUGAAGUAAAAAAGGGACCAUGAUGAGAAAUGAUUCCGAACAUAGAUACUACACACAGUUCUCAAUUUGUCGACAAGACUGCAUUUUUACCAUCACAAAUACAAGUUUAUAAAGAAAUUAAUAAAUGAUAUAUGGAUAUUUAA